AUGUCAUAUUAUACAUAUAAUCAAUAUGGAAGAAUGACGUCCCAAGAAAAAGAUCGCAUAUGUGAUUCUAAUGGUGAAGACUUGGUGGCAUUAAUGGACCACAAUGUAGACCAUGCAUAUGAAAUUGAUUAUAACAAACAACCAUGUAAUGCAACCUUAAUAAACAAAAAUAAACAACCAUUUAAAAGACAACUCACUUCAACAAGUCUAUAUGAUGAUGGGCCAAUGGAGGAACAUAAUAAUGAACAAGACGAUGAUCAAUUUAUUACAGUCAGUAAAAACAACAAACGUAAACAUCGACGUACAAAUCAUAACAAUGGAAAUGCAAACAAUGAUGACGAUUUGUUGAAUAUCGAACACGCAACUUUAUCUUCAUACAACUCCAAUGGAAAUAACGGACGUCUAUUUCUAAAUAGUAAAAACAGAAUGAACAAUAAUAUAAAUGACGAAAGGUCUAAUGUUCGAUCCUAUCACACUACAUACUUUAAUAAUGUACAAAAACAAAAAUCAUCAGCUAAAGAACAAAAUGAUAAAACAAAUAAUAAUUCAAAUGAGAAUAAUAAUAAUAUUGAAAUUUCAAAUCAAGCAAUAAAAUAUGCAGUUGAAAAUCACCUUCCACCAUUAAAAAUAAGUUGCCAACCUAAAGUCAAUCAAAAUGAAGCAAAAGAUUUAAUUAAAGAAUUGUUAAAUUAUAUUAAUAAAAGUUUUCGACUGAUAAACAAACAUUACGAAUACCCACUAGGUUUCGAUUACUGGUAUAUUGACAAAAAUGGCGAUAUUGCUUGUUAUACACGUCAUAUUGAACUUUAUGUGUAUCUUUGUGAUACUCAAAACUAUCCUUCAACUCUUUGCAACAUAAAUAUUAUACCUUCCUCACCAAAACAUCUUCCACCGCAAUACUCAAUUGUUCUCAAAUUCGUACCAAACUAUAUAACUCAAGACGAAAUCAGAUCUGAAAUUGCAACAUACAUACAAUCAAUAUAUAAUAUAGAAGAAAUGAAAGGUUCAAUGACGGAAAAAUAUCGACAUAUACGGCUGGAACUUACAUCAUCUUCAGAAUACAAUCAAAUAAUAAAGAAUGGAGGAGUCACAAUAAAUGGUCACGUUUUAGAAGCUAAAGAAUUUUUAGCUCCUCCCAGGUUAUUAAUCUGCACAAAAUGCAACGAUCCAGGUCACACACGUAAUAAUUGUAAAUUCAUAUAUGAUGCUUGUCGUAGGUGUGGGACAGAUAGAACUGUUGGAGAACACAAGGAAUGUACCAUCAAAUGUCAUCGAUGUCAACAAAACCACUUAUCGACCGAUUAUAAAUGUCAAUUCUUAGUAGAUUACAGACGAUCUCUUCUUUAUCAACUCAAAGAACAUCCCAAUCUUCUGCCUCCUAAUAUACAAUUAUUUGUACCAUCAGAAUGUCGAAAUAAAAAUGGUCAAAAUAGAAGAAUGUUGUUCAAUCCGAAAUACAUUUCCAAGAACUUAUCAAGUAAUACUACAGUACCUUUCUCAUUAUCUUCUCAGCAAUGGCCACCACUAAUCAAUAAUACAAAUAUGAAGAUUAAACCGCAACUCAAUGAACAAUCAGUUUGGAUAGAAAUGCAGCAAAAACAAGAUGAAAUUAAUAAAAUUAGAGAAGACAUGAACAUCAAAAUACAAAAUAUUCAAACAAAGUAUGAAGAUCACCUGAAGAAAAUGAGUUCAAUACUCUUGAUCAUAUCACAACAAGCAAAGAACCAAAAUGAAAGUGUUGAACGUUGUUACACCACCAUCAACGAAGUCUUACCAAUACUAUCAUCAACAUUAGAAGUAGUUCAACGUAUAGUCAAAAAAACCAGUAUGUUAAAUAACAAUACCAAUGAUAGUUAUGAAACACUAGAUAUAUUGAGUCAUAUUACUCAAUCACUUGAUUUUAUAAAAGAUAGAAAUAACCUACUAUCAGCAAACCAACAAGCACUAAACUCACUAGUCGAACAACAAAAUGUAUUAAUGGUAAAAGGAAUAAACAGCCUAAUAACAAACGAUGGACAAUAG